ACGGUUUCAGAACUUUACACAACGUGAUGUAAUUCUUAAACACAAGAAGAAGCACUUCUGUCUGUAUAAAGAUACAUAUUGUAUUAAUUAGGAUUCUUUUGGUUGUAACAGAAACUAAACUCACACAAGCUUAAGAAAAAAAAUGAAUAGGUGGUAAUUUGUGGUUUGGUAAUUGGGAAACCGAGUCAGAAUUAGAUCCAGGAGGUCAGAGAUGUCAUCAGCACUCUUUGUUCCCCAUUUCCUCAGCUCUGCUUAACUUCUUAUUUUCUCUCCACUCAGAUGCAAGUUAGCACCUGCAGGCUCAAGCUGCCAUGGUUCUUAUAGGCCUCUGUCUAGAAAAUGAGGUGUAUCUUUCCUUAUAGCACCAAAAAAAUCUCAGGGAGUAUGUUGAUUAGUGUGACUUGGGCCACAUUUCUCUCUCUGAACAAUUACUGUGACCAGGUGGAUGAAGUAUCCAGACCAGGCCCUGGUCAUAAGCUCACCCUGGGAAGACAGGGUCUACCCUAAAGAGGAAUCUAGACUAAGUUGAAUUAAUGUGCAGUGGGGGAAGAUGAAGUUCUCCAAAGGAAAUGCUUUCUAAGUAGAAAAUAAAAUGUCCCCUAUAGAGCUGCGAAGAUUCAGUGCCGCCUUUGUUUGUAGCCUUCCCUCUUUGUGGCUUUUUAUCAAAAGAUGGUGCUCAGGUUCUUAUCCCCACUAAGAUACUAGUAAUUGCUGCCCUUUUUUUGGUGGUGAGGGUAUGGGGUAGUAAGAGAUUAGAAAUAAAGAUCUUACAGUUCUGCCUGUUCCAAAAGCUCAGGAGAAGAAGAGAAAAAGCCCAAUCAUUUUGGAGUUGGGAAGAGGCUAGAACAUGGCUUCUGAUUCUGUGACCUUGAGCUUCAUAGAGGAACCGAAAGACUCCUCUAUAAAAAGGUGGAGUGGUUCUAAAAUUCUGGCAGCCAGUGGGAACAGAGGAGCAGCGGAUUCAGCCCAAAGAGGCUCAAGGCUGAGCCAUGGGAGGGGCCAGCGAAGGGGGCGGGAACUGAACCCCGGAGGACUUGACCACAGUGUGCAGUGUGCGGCGCCGGCUGCUCAGAGCGGAGCCAUGAGCUGGACCUGCCCACGUUGCCAGCAACCCGUUUUCUUUGCAGAGAAGGUGAGCUCCCUGGGCAAGAACUGGCACCCAUUCUGUCUGAAAUGUGAGCACUGCCACAGCGUCCUGUCCCCAGGAGGGCAUGCAGAGCACAACGGAAGGCCGUAUUGCCACAAGCCAUGCUAUGGGGCUCUCUUUGGACCCAGGGGGGUGAACAUUGGUGGUGUGGGCUCCUACCUCUACAAUUGCCCCACCCCCACCCCUGCCAGCGCUACUCCUCUUAGCCCCAGCAGCUUCAGCCCCCCCAGGCCCAGGACUGGCCUCCCCCAGGGCAAGAAAAGCCCUCCCCACACGAAGACGUUCACUGGGGAGACCUCGCUGUGCCCUGGCUGUAAGGAACCCGUCUAUUUCGCUGAGAAGGUGAUGUCUUUGGGCAGAAAUUGGCACCGACCCUGUCUGAGGUGCCAGCGGUGCCGGAAGACCCUGACUGCUGGGAGUCACGCUGAGGUGUGAACAUUGGUGAUGUGGGCUGCUACAUCUAUGACCCCGUGGAGAUCAAAUGAGAUGCUCAUAGCAGAGGUCACCCUAACUCAGGCCUCCCAUCAUCCUCUCCAUGGUCCAAUGGAAGCUACAGAAUUCUCUAGUCCCACGAGGGUGGGAGAAGGUGUGAUUCUGGCAGCCUGGGCCUAGGCUCCAUGGUAGACCAGAGUCUACACUUUCUCUGCCAACUCCUCCCUUUCCCAUUCCUAUCUGGUCAGGCAACAUAGGCCACCCCAUUUGAAGGUUAGUGUCUUGGUCUUCCCAAUCCCUUGACCCAGCAAAUUCUGUAACUUCAAGGUACUCAUAAAACUUGUGUUUAUUUUGGCUUCUCCAAUAAAAUGUUGGCUCCCA